AUGUCGAGCGUUCCUUUUCUUAAAACAACACGAGGAUAUUCAAUUAUCUCAGAAACAUCGAGUGUUUCAGACGAUGGAUUCGUACAAAGUCCCGAUAGCGAGUUGAAAUUCGAAAAAGGGUUAUUUUCGGGAUCGGCGACCCGAAGUGGCUUUUUGAGGAGGGCCUUAAGGACGGUCGGGCCGAUUUUAGGGGUCGGAUUGGCAGUUGCUUUCGUCUUUGCAUGUGGGUUUCAUUUGGGCGGGAGCGUUGCAGUUUAUAAUAUGGAGAGUAGAACGGCAGGAUUUGAGACUUCUUUACCGUUCGAUUCGAAUUCGACGUCGAUAUCGAUAGCAAAUGCCACAGAGGUCGCAGCUUCCCAAACAAACGACGACAUACCCUACGAACUAGAAGAACAACGACAAGAAGAAGAAAACGAAGGAGAAAAGCGGGCACUUAUAACCUACGUCUACUUUGAAACCAAAAAUGCUCGCCAAAAUGCAUUAUUCUUCAUAAAACACGGUCUCCACGCAUACGCCGACUUCAUCUUCAUCAUCAACGGACCCACAAAUAUUGCUUCCAGCAUUCCUCCCGCUCCCAAUAUCAAGAUUAUUCAUAAAAAUAACACAUGUUAUGAUCUCGGUAGCCAUGCAGAAUUGUUAACUGCGAAUGAUGGAGAAUUGAUGAAGAAGUACGAUAGAUUCAUUAUGAUGAAUGCAUCGAUCAGAGGACCGUUUUUACCAACUUGGAGCAAGGAGUGCUGGAGUGAUGCUUAUCUUGAUAGGAUUACUGAAAGUAACAAGCUCGUAGGAAUGACAAUGCGCUGCAACGCCGAUGGUGGGAAGCGUAAGGUGAUGCAGUCGAUGUUAUACGCCACCGACCGCGUGGGAUUACAAACGCUGCUGCCGGUAUUGAAUCACUGUUUCGCCACGUUUGGGGCCGCGGUAGGAGCAGAAGAACAUGCCGCGCAGACGAUGUUAAACGCUGGAUAUAAUAUUUCUGUGUUAAUGUCUAGUUUUCAAUCUUCGAAGGAUUAUGUGAAUACUUGUACUCAUGGGGAGGUUCUUGGGGAGAAAUGGUAUUUUGGAACGAGUUUACAUCCUUAUGAGACGAUGUUUCAUAAGGCGAAUAGAGGGAUUUCCGAGAGGCAGUUGGAGCUUUUGACUAGUUGGCAUGAUCAAGCUGAGUAUUCGAGCUGGGAGGCUUGUUAUAAUAAGAGGAGAAGAGAAGGGAGGAGGGUUUGGCGGAAAUAA